AUGCCCCUGAGCUACGACCCGGCGUUCUCGGCUGCUGCAGCCCCCAUCCUAGCCGCCAUAGCAGCGUCUCCCCUGCCUGCUGUGCACGAUGUCAAGGCCCGCCGGGUGGGCAUCACCGCCCUCUACGCCGCGAUGUUUGCAAAACUUCCCGACGCACCGGACGUGGAACAGACCAUCCACCAGAUCCGCUCGUACGACGGCGCCACCAUCUCCGUGUACCGCUUUGCCCCCAAGCAGCGCUCAUCGUCGCCGGGUCCUGCGAUCCUGCACUCGCACGGGGGCGGCACGAUCCAAGGCCACGUCGAGCUGUUCACGCGGAUGCUCCGGCUGCAGGUGCAACAGACCGGGGUGCAGGUGUUCUCGGUUGACUACCGCUUGGCGCCGGAACACCCGCACCCGACGCCCUCGGAGGACUGCUACGCCGGACUGACCUGGCUCCACCAGCACGCGGACGAGUUUGGGGUGGACCGCAGUCGCAUUGCCACGAUGGGAGAGAGUGCCGGCGGACUACUGGCGGCGGCGCUGGCGUUGAUGGCCCGUGACCGUGGUUUGUCACCGCCGCUGGCCAAACAGAUCCUCAUCUACCCCAUGCUGGACGAUCGGAACACCACGCCGAUCGCGGCGCUGGAGCCGCUCGCACUCUGGCGGAAUGACGAUAACAUCACCGCCUGGACCGCCCUGUUGGGACAGGACAUUGGCACGGAUCGGGCGUCGCCGUAUGCUGCGCCGGCGCGCGCGAGCAAGAUGGAGGGUCUCCCGCCUACGUAUAUCGAUGUGGGCGAGCUGGACAUCUUCCGCGACGAAGACAUCGCCUAUGCGGGUCGCAUCGCGGCUGCGAACAUCAGCGUAGAGCUGCAUGUGUAUCCGGGGCUGCCUCAUGCGUUUGAAGUGUAUGCGCCGGACGCGGAGCCCACGAAGCGAGCGGUCGCGGACCGCCACCGGGCGAUUUCAACCUUGUAA